AUGUCCUAUAGGACGGACGAUGGAGGUCUGCAUACGGGUCUUGCGUCCAGUUCUGAUGCAGAGCCGCUUGGUGUGAUAUACCCAAGAGCGGGCACCCUCGGUGGUUACGCAACGCAUAAUGCUCUGAUCACCGUUUACCCUCAUGACAGUGGAUGGGAAAAGCUUGCCACGCUGACGGGCGACAGCGCAUGGAGUGCUGCCAACAUGCGCCAGUACUUCAAGCGCCUCAAGAGCGCCCGAUAUUUUCCCAACGCCAUUGAUGGCCACGGUUUUGAAGGAUGGCUCACGACGAGCGUCACCGAUCUCGGCCUCGUCACCAAGGAUAUCAAGCUCCUCACCGUCAUUGUCUCAGCCGAAUCCGCCAUGGGCAAGGGCUUCUUCGGCCUCGUCCUCUCCACCGUCAACGGCCUUGGCGCAUCGGCCGAGGUCAUCCUAGCUGCCGGCGCCUUCAACACUCCUCAGCUCCUCAAGCUCAGUAGAGUCGGCCCCAAGGCUGAGCUUGACGCCUUCGAUAUCCCUGUCGUUGCCGGCCUCCCUGGCGUUGGCACAAAACUACAGGAUCGCUACGAAACUACUUCGCUGGAGAGACGCAGUCUGACUUUGACAUCAUCAAAGGCUGUACCUUUGGCAGCGACGGUAACCCAUGUCCAAUAA